GGGCGGAGGCGAUAGAACGCUCGGCUCUUCCCCGUUCCCUCCGGCCUCCUUCCCCAGAGGAGAAGAUCGCAUUCUCUCUCUCCCCCCUCUUACCCCCUGCCCCGCCGCGGGAGCCCGCUUUGCAAAAAGGGGACACGCCAGCGCCACCCUCCGGCCACCGAGCCGCACUGCAUCCUCCCCCCGUCUCUCUCCCCCCUGCUCCGACUCUCAAUGUUCCACACUGCCCGGCCACAGAGCCUCCUCUGCUGCUUUAUAUCCCCCCGGCUUCCUCCAGCCCCUCCACUGAUACUGUAUCCCCUUCCCUCCCCCCCUCCAUCCCUCCCCUCCGACCUAACACCGGGACAGGACGCCUGCGAAGUUCACCACAAUGUCCAGUGACAGGCAAAGGUCAGAUGAUGAAAGUCCAAGUACCAGCAGUGGUAGUUCAGAUGCAGAUCAGAGGGACCCACCAGCACCAGAACCUGAAGAGCAAGAAGAAAGAAAACCUUCUGCAACCCAACAGAAGAAAAAUACCAAACUAUCCAGCAAAACUACUGCUAAGCUAUCCACUAGUGCUAAAAGAAUUCAGAAGGAGCUAGCUGAAAUAACCCUUGAUCCUCCUCCUAACUGCAGUGCUGGCCCUAAAGGAGAUAAUAUUUAUGAAUGGAGAUCAACAAUACUUGGACCUCCAGGUUCUGUAUAUGAAGGUGGUGUUUUUUUCCUGGAUAUCACAUUUUCAUCUGAUUAUCCAUUCAAGCCACCAAAGGUUACUUUCCGUACCAGAAUCUAUCACUGCAACAUCAACAGUCAGGGAGUCAUCUGUCUGGAUAUUCUGAAAGACAACUGGAGCCCUGCUUUGACUAUUUCAAAGGUUUUGCUGUCUAUUUGUUCUCUCUUGACAGACUGCAAUCCUGCUGAUCCUCUGGUCGGAAGCAUAGCCACUCAGUACCUGACCAACAGAGCAGAACAUGACAGGAUAGCCAGACAGUGGACCAAGAGAUAUGCAACAUAAAUGACAAACUACUUGUGCUCUGUGAGGGUGCAGAAGGCAACUUUACAGUGUGCAACAAAUCUUUAUAGCCUUUACAAUACGGACUUCUGUGUAUAUGUUAUACUGAUUCUACUCUCUGCUUUUAUCCUUUUGAAGACUGGGAUUCUGCCCCCUAAAAAAAGGUAAAUGCUAUCAGGAGUAGAACUUUGUAGCUGUAGAUUAGUUAUGUUUAAAAAGCCUACUUGCAAGUCUUGCUUCUUUGGGAUAUCAAAAUGUAUUUUGUGAUGUACUAAGGAUACUGUUCCUGAAGUCAACCAAAUAUUAUAGUGCAUUUUAGCCUAAUUCAUUAUCUGUAUGAAGUUAUUAAAGGUAGCUGUAGAUUACUAGGAAUUAUGUCAUUUGUAUUAAACCCAGAUCUAUUUCCAAUAUGUGGUACAUGCUGUUGUGAAAACUGUUUUAACUUUUACCUUUGUCAGUUUGUAAUGAAAGGAUUUCCUUUUCCCCUUUGUAGCUCAGAGAGCACCCAGUGUAUCAUCUCAAACAUAAUAAACAUGUUCCCCAAG